CCUGAUUGCUUGCAAAUACAUCAUGCGCAAACUGCGAUACUGAACCGGAAAUAAGAUGUUGUGUUACAAAUAGUAGGCGACUGAUUGGUCUGGAUUUUGGAAAUGGUAUUAACGUGCACAAUCUGAACUGAGUGUCUCCUACAAUCCUGGGAAAUAAAAAAAAAACUAUGCAUACACUUUUGCUACUGGGUUUAAUUGUAGCAGUUGCAGGCUCCGCUUCUGCUGAACUCUACGAAGGGGAUAAAGUGCUUCGUCUGACUGCGGAAAAUGACCUGCACCUGCAGUUUCUAAGGAACGUGUCCCACACUGGGAAGGCUGAGUUGUGGCACCCACAUUCAAUUGACCUGGUGACCACAGAGAAGGCUAUGGAUUUCAGGGUGGCUGCUGAUUGGGUCUCGGAUAUCCAGGCUGAACUGGAGAAGAUUGGUUUGAAAUAUGAGAUAUUAACUGAGAACUUGCAAAUCUUGAUUGAGAACCAGUUCGACCGAAUAAGGACUCGGUCAUUUAGCUAUGAUUACAGCAGUUAUCAUAACUGGGAUCAGAUUGAAUCCUGGACUGCUACCAUUGCCAAAGAAAAUCCAAACUUAAUUUCUCGGCUUGUAAUUGGGCAGAGCUAUGAGGGACGAAAUAUCUAUCUCCUCCAGGUUGGCAAGAGAACAGGUUCUCCGAAACCCGCCAUCUUCAUGGACUGCGGGACCCAUGCCAGGGAAUGGAUCUCCCCAGCAUUUUGCCAGUGGUUUGUGAAAGAGGCUGUUAGAACAUAUGGAACAAGAUCUCCUCUGAACUCUAUUGUCAAUGAGAUGGAUUUCCUGGUUAUUCCUGUUGUAAAUGUAGAUGGUUAUGUAUACUCUUGGACUGAGGAUCGACUUUGGAGGAAGACCAGAUCCAAGAAUUUUAACUCUGACUGUGUAGGAACUGAUCCAAACAGAAACUUCAAUGCUGAAUGGUGUACUAGCGGAUCCUCAAGGAACCCAUGUUCUUCAAUCUACUGCGGACCAUAUGCAGAAUCUGAAAAGGAGGUCAAGGCAGUUGCAGACUUCAUCCGUAACCACAGUUCAGUCAUCAAGGCUUAUCUCACAAUUCAUUCAUAUGCACAGAAAUGUUUGUUCCCAUACUCCUACACUUACUCAUUGGCAUUUAACGAUAAUGAACUGGCUAACCUCGCUCAGAAUGCAGUCCAGGCUUUGAAAAGCCUUUAUGGAACUGAGUAUACCUUUGGCUCUGGAUCUAGUUCGAUGUAUCUCGCUUCUGGUGGUUCGGAUGACUGGGCCUAUGACCUUGGUAUCAAGUAUUCGUUCACCUUUGAACUCCGUGAUACAGGCAAAUAUGGUUUCCUGUUGCCUGAAACUCAGAUCAGGCCAACCUGUGAAGAAACCAUGUUGGCUAUCAACUACAUCGCCACUUAUGUUCUCAACCAUCUGUACUAAUGCGUGGACUGAAUGAUGUCUCUUGGCUCACUUUUUAAAGCUUAGAGCUGAAAUCCUUGCAGGUGGAAGCAUUCAAGAUAUUUUUGUUAAAAAGUUAAUAGCGCACAGAAUGCAAAUGAAAGGUAGAGCAGGAACAUUCUGAAUAGGAUGAUUGACAGUGCGAGUGUGGGCAACAUUCCUAGUGACUGGGGAGUUCAAAACCAGGGGUCACAGUUGAAGGAUGCAGAUGGGGGACUUAUAACAAGAACCAUGGGGCCAGUAUCUUAGAUUCCCAAUUGUGCAAAUGCCCAUGAGGAUUUUCUAUCCUGCUGUGCCUCAGGAUCGCAUAACACAGGUAAAAUGAAAGAGAGAAAGUUCCUCAAUACAAACCAAUGGUGCCAGACUUGAACUAAAAUAUGGGUUAAAGAUUUGAGAGUGCGUCAAAUCCUAGGACUGCACCAGCAUGACAUUUUUGAGAUGCAGUAAACACAAGUUAGGAGCAGGAGUAGGCCAUUCAGCCCCCUCAAGUCUGCUCUGCCAUUCAAUAAGAUCAGCCGUGAUUGGGCAGUCACAACCCCAGGUUCACUCUCACCUCAAAUACCCUUUGACCCCCUUGUUUGUCAGUAAGUGCAGCUCAAUGAAUGCAGGCCCCUGCAUGUUACUGAGGAGAGAAUAGGAGCAGGAGUAGGCCGUUUGGCUGUUCGAGGCCUGCUCUGCCAUUCAAUGUGAUGGUGGCUGCCCUGAUUUUAACCUCAAUGCCUAUCUCCGAUAAUCCUUUACUCCUUUAGUAAUCAAGAAUCUUCUGCCUUAACUAAAAUAAUUAAGGCCUGCCCUGCCAUUCAGUAUGAUCAUGGCUGAUCAUCAAGGCCCUGUUCCUGCUUUCACCUCCAUACCCUUUGAUCCCUUUAACCUUAAGAACUAGAUCUAACUCCUUAUUGAAAGCAUUCAGGGUUUUAGCCUCAACCACUUUGUGUGGCAGAGAAUUCCACAGGCUCACCACUCUCUGGGUGAAGACAUUACUCCUCAUCUUAUUCUUAAAUGGCCAAUCCCAUAUACUUAAACUCUGACCCCUUGGUUCUGCAUUCUGUAGUUAAUGGGAACAUCUUCCUGCACUUACCCUGCCUAGUCUUGUUGGAAUUUUAUACCUUUCCAUGAGAUUUUCUCUCAUUUUCCUGCCUUCCACUGAAAGUAGUCCUCCCCUGAUCCAGUCUGCCAUCAGGGCCAUGCACCCUGCUAUGGUCCUCUGCCUGCCUUUUUUCUAAAUAUCCAAAAUAUAUUUUGCAAAGGAAUAACUUAUUGCUCCCUGGUUGGUUCACCUAUCAGUGUCCUGAUUGGCUAUCCCAAUGCAAAGCUCCAAACGGCUAAUACAAGACUUCUUCAAAAUUCAGGAACAGGAACAGAA